ACACAGUUCGAAUAAAACAAACAUGUUGAGGGUGUAACAAAUUAACUUCAAAAUAACGGUUCUCAAGAAUGAACAAGAUUCCCUAUGUCGCUUGUCUAAUGCAGUUCUCUAUGAUUUCUAUUAGCAUUUUUUUUGCUUGCACAUCGGGUAGGGUCUUCGAACGUUAGGGCAAAACUACGCUUUGUAUUGUCGUGAUUUCUUACCUGAGAAAUGUGCAAUACAACUGGCAAGGCUCAGUUUGAUUUUGAACAUCGUUAAGAAAGGUGAAUUUAUGUGCCAUGGCUUCGAGGGUUUGGCUCUUGGUAGAAUGGGUGGACGAAAGCAAUGUGUUUCCUUCAUAUGGAGUGGUUAACGUGGAUACCUUGGCUUACGAUGAAACGGACCUGCAUCCUGGAAAUACAAUUUUCAUGCGAGUGAAACAUGAAAAUCCUCGACGCGCAAAGAUUUUGCGGAUAUCAGAAAGCAAACGUUAUGUCAAAGAACAAAAAGAGAUCCUGGAGCGUCAAGAUCAGCAAGUUAAGAAUGUCCUGCAACUUUGUAUGCGGACGAUCAAAGAAAUGAAAUCAGAUAAUUCGUUUAACGCACAGCAGCAAACCGGUAGCCGCAGCCCUUUACCACAUGUGGUGGUCGCGCAAAAUGACGAUAGCGACAGUGACAGUGAUUCAGAGGAUACUACUGUUAAAGUUAACCGAAGCCGAACUCGCAACUUCAAUAAGUCAACACCAAAAUGCACACCCCAGUAUAAUCGUAAUAAUGCAAGUACUGGAAAACAUGUGCGCAGUUCAAUGAAUGCAAAUACUGUUAGACGGCGGUCUAUUGUGAGCAGCACGCCACUUCCUUGUAACAGCAUACAGAACAACGUUAGACUAUGUUACGACCAAGGCACACAAACAGAGGAAGUAUUUCUGAAUCCACCAGCAUCAAAAAUCGAAGAAAUGGAAACAGUUCUCAAGAAUCUUUAUACAAGAUUUCAGUCGCUUAUAUCCCAAGCAAAUGUGAUAUCCAAUGGUUCGAUAUCGAUGUCAGAAUCUGAGCAUAACGAUGAGGUUUCUUACAUCGAGCAAAAUGGAGACUCUUGGGUGGAUCAAAACAAUACAGAGUAUGUUCAGCAAGACAAUUUGAUAUCAGCUAAUAUUGUUGAUGACGUAGGUGCAGAGGAAGUAAUAGAAGAUAACCCUGUGAAUCAAACAGCAAACAGUUUGAAUUUAAAAUCUGAAGAGAAAGUUAAUCCUAAUACCUUUAGGGUGCGCAGAAUGUCAGCACAAACGACAAAUAACAUUGAAACUUCCACAGAUGCUGAUUUGGUACCGAUCGGCAAUGGAAACGCUAAGGUCCCUUCGAGAGUCCUGAAUGACAUUGAUUGGAACUCAUAUACUUCCGCAACGAGACAAUUAUUGCAAGCGAUCUUCCCGCGAAGAGUAUUGGCGACGCACUCGCUAACAGGGAAGCAGUCUCCAGCCUUCUUGAAUAGACCUCCAAAGAAAAUUUUAGACCCUCAACUAGUUGAAGACAUUAUAAAAACUGUUUCAAUGAAAUGUGGCGUUCCUAAGAAUUUGGUGAGAAACAGCAUAACAAUAAAGUGCACAGACGAAGCAAAACUAUAUCGUAAUCGGCAACAAUACAAGAAAGUGCACAUGCCGCUGCAGCAAAUUAACAAUGAAAACAUUCCACCUUCAGCACCCUCGUCGGAUGAAUCUCAUGCCGUUAUAAAUUAAAAGCCUUAAAUUGAUGUGAAUUAAGUAAUUCUGCAAAUUUUCGUGUCAUUCAGAAUACAAUAAUAUUCUUGAGAAGUUAAUAGUUUAUGGCUUUUACCAGAAAUUAGCACCUCAAAAUACGAACAAACAGUGCAUGAUACUUGCAAUUGAGUGCCAGUAGUAUUUACCACCAAAAGCCAGAAGAACAUCUCUGUAUAAAUAGGCAUCUGUCCUCUAUUCCGGCAAAAGCUAUAAGUUAUUAACUUAAUAACGCAACUUUUUAAAACAAAUUGUAUGUUUUUCAGUAUCUGAAAAUUACUGUUACCCUUUUAUGUUUGACGAAAAUAAAUAACCAU